UCAUCCAAAUCGUCCUGUUGUGCCUGUGAACAGUUUUGACUCUGCGAAAAGGACAAGAAAAAAGAAAAGAAAUGGAAUAAGCAUUCACUGGACUGUCAAAAUUUGAAGCUUGCUUUCCUUUUUCUUCUUACCUUCGCUUUUCUUGUCCCACGAAGGGUCGCUCAUGUGGAUGGGUCUAGAUGGGUCACGUCGGUUUCCAUGAGCUUUGGGAGGCCCCUAUCGCAUUUAUGAGACUUGCACUGAGUGUUUUUAAUGCAGGUGAACGAAUUUGAUCUGCCUCUGCAUUUUUGGCCUCUACUGUGAGAGGAAAGAUGGGCGAGAUAUGAAUGGCUUCUGCAUUUCAUCCGCAGGGUCUUACUCUGAGAAGCUCGCAUUCUGGAUGAGCGCAUCAUCCUCCAGGAAGAUCUAGUGCAGAUCUGCUGCUAAGUUUCCUGGUCCACACAAAGCAUUGCAAACUGAAGAUUGAAGAGCUCGAGCUUGAAAAGCAUGGAUCUUGGUUAUGGGAGAUGCUGGAAAUCUUCUGAGGAGUCCUGGAAGACAAUAAUGCUGUUAGCUUAUCAAAGCCUUGGUGUGGUGUAUGGCGACCUGAGCAUAUCCCCAUUGUAUGUCUACGCGAGCACGUUUGCAGAAGACAUCCAACACUCGGAUACCAAUGAAGAGAUAUACGGCGUUCUUUCAUUCGUCUUCUGGACGCUCACUUUAGUUCCCUUGUUCAAGUACGUGUUCAUAGUUCUUCAAGCUGAUGAUAAUGGCGAGGGUGGUACUUUUGCACUGUAUUCACUGAUAUGUAGACAUGCCAAGGUGAGCCUUCUGCCAAACAGACAGGUUGCUGAUGAAGAGCUCUCCACUUAUAAACUAGAGCAUCCUCCAGAGAAUAAGAACAGCUCGAAAUUGAAGACUUUGCUGGAGAGGCACAGACGCUUACACACGGCUUUAUUGAUCUUGGUCCUCCUUGGAACUUGUAUGGUCAUUGGAGACGGGCUACUCACUCCAGCCAUCUCCGUCUUCUCUGCCGUUUCUGGCCUUGAGUUAUCCAUGUCCAAGGAGCACCAUCAGUAUGCUGUUGUUCCUAUUACAUGUUUCAUACUGGUCUGUCUAUUUGCUCUUCAACACUAUGGCACGCAUCGAAUUGGAUUCUUGUUUGCACCUGUCGUGUUGACCUGGUUGCUAUGCAUUAGUGCCCUUGGCUUGUACAACAUACUGCACUGGAACCCACACGUCUAUAAGGCGCUUUCUCCUUAUUAUAUGUUCAAGUUCUUGAGGAAGACCAGGAUGGGCGGGUGGUUGUCUCUGGGAGGAGUCCUACUGUGCAUAACAGGAUCUGAAGCUAUGUUUGCCGAUCUUGGCCACUUCUCGUGCACAGCAAUUCAGAUUGCUUUCACCUUUCUAGUUUAUCCAGCUCUCAUAUUGGCAUACAUGGGUCAGGCUGCUUACCUCUCCAAGCAUCAUGACAACCAAAACCCAAUCAGUUUCUACCUCUCAGUUCCAAAAAUUGUGAGAUGGCCUGUUCUUAUAGUAGCCAUUCUUGCCUCUGUGGUGGGAAGCCAAGCGAUCAUCAGUGGGACAUUCUCCAUAAUAAACCAAAGUCAAUCGCUCGGUUGUUUUCCGAGAGUCAAAGUCGUCCACACUUCGGACAAGAUCCAUGGGCAGGUUUAUAUCCCUGAGAUCAACUGGAUGCUCAUGAUCCUCUGCAUUGCUGUGACCAUCGGAUUCAGAGACAUAAAACACAUGGGAAAUGCUUCAGGUCUGGCAGUAAUGACGGUAAUGCUGGUAACCACAUGCCUCACAUCCUUGGUCAUAAUUCUCUGUUGGCACAAACCUCCUAUUCUGUCUCUCUGCUUUCUACUCUUUUUCGGCUCAAUCGAGCUGCUCUACUUCUCAGCAUCACUGACCAAGUUUGCCGAGGGCGCAUGGCUCCCCAUCCUCUUAGCGCUCUUCCUCAUGACCGUCAUGUUUGUCUGGCAUUAUGCCUCCAUUAAAAAGUACGAAUUUGACCUCCACAACAAGGUUUCACUGGAGUGGCUUCUAGACUUGGGUCCAAGCUUGGGAAUCAUUCGAGUCCCUGGAAUAGGUGUAGUUUUCACCGAUCUCAUCUCAGGAAUUCCCGCCAACUUCUCCCGCUUUGUCACCAACCUCCCCGCAUUCCACCGCAUUCUCGUCUUCGUGUGCCUAAAGUCAGUUCCCGUGCCUCAUGUGCCACCUGAAGAGCGGUAUCUUGUGGGCCGUGUGGGGCCCUCAUCGCACCGUUCCUACCGAUGCAUCAUUCGGUAUGGCUACCGAGAUGUCCACCAGGAUGUGGAUUCUUUUGAAGCCGAGCUAGUCAACAGACUUGCUGAGUUCAUACACUUGAACUGGACUCAAAGAGACGCAAUCGGUUCUGGUGUCAAGGAUGAUUGUCCCAGUUCCAAUGGAUCUUCGUCAAGCGAGCAUAGAUUGACAGUGAUAAGGAGAGUCUCGAUCACCGGAGCCCCGGCUUAUGAGAUUGGAGAAAGCCCGAGCUGUGCAAGUGUAUCUCUUGGCUUUCCGAGCAUAGAAAGUUUAGCUGAUGUCAUAGAAAUGGAACCCGUGGGUGCUGCGAAAAAGACAGUGAGGUUUGCCCAGGAUGAUGUAUCCGAGGCCGAUUCAAGGACCGAGAUAGAGAAGCAGAUGCGAGAAGAACUGCACGAUCUGUUAGCAGCUCAGCAAUCAGGGACUGCAUUCAUACUUGGACAGUCGCAUGUACGAGCGAAGCAAGGAUCAUCCCUUCUGAAAAGGCUGGCCCUCAAUUUCGGCUACAACUUUCUGAGGAGAAAUUGUAGGGGACAAGAUGUGGCACUGAAAGUGCCUCCAGUGUCUCUCCUUGAGGUUGGGAUGGUAUAUGUUGUGUAAGAAAUACCCUCUGCAUUAUACUAAUCAACUCCACCAGUUUCUCGCA